AAAACAAUGGCCAGUGAGGAAAUUGAACUCUUGGAACGUGUCUUGUUGCGUUUGGGCUGUGCCGAUACAGACGAGAAAUUGGAAGCAUGUGUGGGACGAUUUUUGACACCGGUUAUAUUGAAAAUAACAUCACCACAUGAUGCUGUACGCAACAAGGUUGUGGAGGUACUGACUCACAUCAAGCGACGUUUAAGUUCUCGACCAUUGGUUCAAAUUCCCGUGGAGGCCUUAAUUGAUCAAUACAAAGCCUCAGCCAAUUCACCAUUUUUACAGAACUUCGCCAUUAUAUUCAUAACCAUGGGUUAUCCUCGUUUGAGCAUUGAAUCUCGUUCACAGUUGGCAGCCAAGCUGAUCGGAUGUGAAGGCAAACUGGAGAAUUAUCAGGACAAAUUAUUUAUGUUAAUUUUGGCUGAUUUAAAUGAGAUCAAACUACCAGAUGAUCCAGCCCAAAGAAAGGAAGUUUUAGGUUUGGAUGACAAACCGGAAAUAAAGAAAAACUUUCUUUCUCUCCUGCAAGAUGUGUUGCUGUUGCCCUAUGGCGUUACUCAAGAACAAGGUGUACCACCCGGCAUGAGUCCAUAUUCGUUUAAAAGGGUCACAGUGAAUAAUUGGAAGGCUGAGGAAUUGGAAAAUAUUAAAAAAGGCAUUGUCCGAUUACUAUGCUCGGGCAUGUUCAGUGAUUUGGAUAUUUUCUUGCUGUUGGUUUUGGCUUCGGCUGAUACCCGUUUUAGUGUGGCCACUCCGGCCAUUGGAGAGCUUAGUAAAGUGGUUACAGUAUUAGAUUUUACUGAUCCUCAUGUUACCAUGCCUUUGUAUUCUCUGUUUUCGGGAAAUGGCUCGAACAUUGCUGAACGUAAGACAACACCAUGCUGUGCUCGUGUUAGGCAAAAACUGUUAUUGUAUCUUAUUAAAUGUCAUGGCAAGGGCAUAAGUGUACCCAAAGGCAUUCAAGUGGUGUUUGAGGGUCUCUUCGGAACCAACACCAAUCAGAAAUGUAUGGUUUUGUCUUUGCAAUUUGCUGAAAAUCUCAUAAAGGAAGGUCCCAUAGAAAUCAUCAACAAAGUAUCUAAGGUACUUUUGACGGGCUUUUCCAAACUCGUUGGCAAAGAUUCCACCGAACCCAAUGAUGUCCAGAAUGCAGCCUAUUCUGCAUUGGCCCAACUCUCGCGUACAUGCCCAUCGGCCGUAAAUCAGGAUUUAAAAAUUGUCUUAUCCUAUUUUAAUCAUUUAACCAAUUCACCACCUGAUCUACACAGUUCCAUUCGAGAAGCUUUAGUGGCAAUGGCUCCAGCCUUUGCCUGGAAACCUGAAGAACAUAAAACCGAAGAGGGUACCACAGAUGAAGUGGUCAAGCUGACUGGCCAACAACAUUUAUUGUUGGCUAUGCUUUCGGAUAAUGCUGAAUCUAAACUAAACAUUGUACAAAAUGUUACCAGUAUAUUUUUAACCACUUGUUAUCCGGAAUACUAUGCACCCUCAAGAUAUUUAUUGCUACUUAUUGCAGGUGAACGUAACUCCUUGCGUGAAAAUGUAACCUCAUAUUUGUAUGGUGUUUCCAAGAAAGAUCACAUUAACUAUCAAAUGUUAUCUUCAAUUGAAUACAUAAAUGAGGAUAAAAAUAUUGAAGAUUUCAAUAAAUUGAUAUCCGAACAAAGACAUGUUGUCUUGCCCAGCUUUAAAUCAAUGAUGCAUCAUGUCAAUGAAAUUGCCGAGAAGAGAUUGAAAAAGAAUAUGGCAGUGGUUGUGGGACGUACCAAGUUACCAUUUACAUUGGAGGUGUAUGAAGAGAUAUUGGAUUAUUUGCGUAUUUGUUUGUGGUAUUCAGCCGGGGCUCGUUGUGCCCCCGGUGAUACAAAGUACCAACAUAAGUUGAAACAAUAUAUCAUGUGUAACUAUGAGGAAUCGGAAAACAAUGAAUUGCAUCAAUAUUUGUUGUUCAUACAAAAGGCAGUGGAGGCUAGGAGACAUGAAUCUAAUUUAUUGUGCCUCUAUGAUUUGUUAAAUGUUACACCGGACUUGUUGUGUAAAUCUCAAAUGCAUUUAUUGGAACCCCUUGCCAAUUCCCUUAAGGAUGUUUCAGAAGAUAUGCGUUCAAAUGUGGCCCAAAUUGUGGGUAUUCUGUGGGCCUAUGGUUUUGAUGACAAUGAAUUUAAUGCUCAGAUUGGUGAUUGCCUCAAGGACUUGGCCCAACGCUCAUUGGAACAUAAGCAUGGCUGGUUGUUGGUAAUGGGUCAUGCCUUUAGCCGCAUAAUCCAAAAAUAUAAAAAUGCUAACGAGAAUAGAGACUAUCAAAAUUGGUCGCAAUUUGUGGAUGCCAUUAAAGUAAUAGCUGAAUUUUUGGUGAAAGGACCACAAGAUUUGCUGAUAUCGGCAGCGGCAAAAUGUUUCUCAAUGAUCAGCAAAUGGACGGAAAUACCCAAUGUUCAAUUGUCGAUAACCUUCCAAAAACCCGAUAACGACAAUGAUGAUGAUGACGAGGAAAUGACUGAGUACACUGCAACUGGUUCCACAAAGUAUUUCAUAUUCACCGUGGUCCAUAGACUCUUGAAAAGUUCUUCAGUUCGACCAAAAAUUCGUGCUGAAGCUGCCAAAUGUUUGGGCAAUUUAGCCAUUGGUGAUGGUCAAUAUUUUACCCAAAGAAAUUUAGAGAAAUUCCUAUCAUUGGUUAAAAUUCAGAAGGAUGCUGCCCUUAAUAUUGCCAUUUCGGAUGCCAUUGCAACCACCUUAUGUGGUUAUGAUAUAAGUGAGGGUAAACCUUCGGAAGAUUUCAUUAAUCCCCAUUGCAGUGAUGAAGCAUUUGAAACAUUUUUAAAUUCUCUAAUUCGCUUGGUGCCCGAACCAAAUCCCCAUUGUCGCCAGUCGUGUUCAGUGUGGCUUUUGGCUGUCAUCAAAAAUUGCAGUUAUCGUCCCGCUGUGCUCAAUAAAAAGCAAAUGUUGCAAUAUGCUUUCACGGAGCUAUUGUCCGAUGAUAGUGAAUUUGUCCAAGAUGUUGCCUCUCGUGGUUUGGGUUUGGUUUACAAUUUAUCCGAUCCCACCAGCCAAAAUGAAUUGGCCAAUUCCUUGCUGGAUCAAUUGAUGGGUGGCAAACGCAAAGUUAAUAAAGUCAAUGAAGAUACCGAACUUUUUGCCGAGGGUAUGCUGGGUAAAACACCGACAGGAGGCAACAUUACCACCUACAAAGAACUUUGUUCCUUGGCCUCUGAUCUCAAUCAACCCGAAAUGAUUUAUCAAUUUAUGCAAUUGGCCAAUCACAAUGCCGCCUGGACCAGUAAACUGGGUGCCGCAUUUGGUUUAAAAUCCCUUUCAAGUGAAACAAAGGCCAAAAUGCAGCCGUAUUUAAGUAAAAUCAUACCACGUCUUUAUCGCUAUAAAUACGACCCGACACCAAAAAUCCAAAACUCCAUGAUUUCCAUAUGGGAUUCCAUCGUUAGUGAACCCAAAGAAGUUGUGGAACAAUAUUAUUGGGAAAUAUUGCGAGAGCUUUUGGAUAAUCUAACAUUUAAUGAAUGGCGUGUUCGUAUUGCUUGUUGUUUGGCCAUUAGAGAUUUGCUGAGGAGGCCAAAUGGUUUGCGUUUACGUACCGAGGAAAGGAUACGGAAAGGUGCUGCUGCUUCGCCAUCGAAAAGUAAUGCCAUGGAUGUGGAUGAAGUCCCUGAACCGGAGCUAAAAGAGUUGUGGACUCAGCUGUUUCGUGUUAUGGAUGAUAUUCAUGAAGGCACCCGCUUGGCUGCCGAGGGUACUGCUCUGUUUCUUAGUAAGCUCUGUGUCACCGCAGCCUCUUCGGAUCAUGGCAAAUCCGGCUCUGCUGUGGCCUCUUCCAUAUUGCCGUUCCUUUUGGAAACUGGUGUAACCCAUGUGGUGGCUGAUAUACGCAAGAUUAGCAUUAAAACUAUAUCCGAAAUGAUUGACUCCUCGGGAGCUUUAAUAGCUCCACAUUUGCCAUCUCUGAUACCAUGCCUUUUGAAAGCCACCGGUGAAUUGGAGUCUUCCAAGUUGUCUUAUCUUUCAACACGUUUGGGUGCUGAUCAUGAUGCCCAGGAAAAAGUGGAUUCCAUUAGGGCAGAGGCAGCCAAAUCCCAUCACACCACAGAGACAACUGCUAAGUGUGUUCGUUUCAUAGACUAUGAGUCAUUGGAAAAAAUGACCCCAGCCAUUUUGGACUUGGUAAAAACCACCGUCAACUUGGGCACCAAAAUUGCCUGUGCCCAUUUUAUAUGUCUGAUAAGCAUUCGUCUGAGCCAAGAAAUGACACCCUUGGUGGGUAAAUAUUUGGGAGCCUGUUUUGUGGGUCUCAAGGAUCGCAAUGCCACCGUAAGAAAGUACUAUGCCAGUGCCAUUGGCCAUUUGAUUGGAAUUGCAAAGGAACAAUCUGUACGCAAUUUGUUCCUCAAACUUGAUGAACUAUAUAUGGAAAAUACCUCACAUCGUUCCGCCGUUGUACAAGUUCUACAAUCGAUUAACAAACGACACAAUGAAUUAAUAAAAGACUAUUUGGACAGUGCCCUGCCAUUAAUUUUCUUUGCCAUGCAUGAAGAACAAAAUGAAGACAAUAAAUCAAAUAUUGAAUCAUGGCGUGAUUUGUGGAAUGAAGUUAGUCCCGGUGAUGCUGGUAUACGUAUGAACCUCAAUGUUAUUGUACCCAAGUUGGAGAAAUCUCUGAACGAUGCCAGUUGGUCGAGAAAAGCCCAAGCGGCCAAUGCCAUACAGACAAUUGCCAAACGUUUGCGUGACACUUUGGAGGAAAAAGAUCGUUUGCAACUAAUAAACCUACUUAUUAAUGGUCUGCAGGGACGCACCUUUCAGGGAAAAGAACGCCUACUACAAGCCUUGGCAGCCCUUUGCAAGGGUCUCGAUCGUAAACACGAAGUGUGUGAACGUAUUGUGGAAUCUGCAAUGAAAGAAUGUCGCAAGGAGGAACCACAAUACCGCACUUUAGUUUUACCCUGUUUGGGUGACAUUCUCGAAGAUUUGGAAGUCGAUCGCUUCGAGGAAGUCUACAAUAUGUUGUGGAAAAUUUUAGAUAAAAAGGCGUUACGUAAAUUAUCUACCUCAGAUGAUGAUGGCGAUGAUGAUAAGGAGGAGGAUUUGACCACAGAUGAACGUAACAAGAGGGCCACCAUCUUGAAUAAACUUAAGGAGGUGGUGUGUGAAACAUUGGGUAAGGCAUGGCCCCGCAACUCUGCAGAUACUCAAGCAAAAUAUCAGAUAAUGUUUGCGGAACGUUGCUCAACAAUUUUGGUGGAUAAUACAAGGCCGGUUCAGGUUAGUUUGCUCAUAGCCUUGGCUAAAUAUACCGAACGUUUGCAUGUAUUGGGUAAACAAGACAAUGCCACUGAGGAUACAUCUGCCGAUGCGGCUGGCAACAAAGAAAAGAAGGUCAAGGUGGACAAGGAAAUGGAAAGGGAUGUUGUUGUACCGAAAAUAUGUGAAAGUGUUUUAUCAGCUGUUAGCUAUGCGGCAGGCAUACCCCAUACGGGUUUACGCAAAGAGGCUUUAACAAUUGUCUUAAUACUAAUUAAACGCCUUAGCGAGGUCAAAGACUUGAAAAACCUAACACUGGUUAAACAAAAUUUCGACGAAAAUCUAACGAAAUUCCAAAAAGAUUCAGCACCCGAGGUGCGUUGUCGCAUCAAAGAUAUUGAAGAGAAAUUUGUUAAAUCCGGCUUCCAAGAUCAUUAAA